CCGUGGCUGUAGAGAGUGCCGUUCCGCCGUUGGUACUCCUCCGAGGAGUUGCCUCUGUUGUUUCGUCAUAUAUCCUCGAUGUUGUUCGUUUGUCUCGGUGCGACCGCGUUAUUUGUCACAUGUACGACGCGCGAAUCGAGGUAAAGAAAAAAAAAACGCUAACAACCGAGAUUGACACGAGAGUAAAUAAAAAAAACGAAAUAAAGAGGGUUCUCCUGGAAAGCGCGAGAGAGAUGGAGAGUACAGUGUGCGUGAACGUUGGUUAAUAAUAUAUAUGAGAGCGGGCGGGCGGCCGAGUGAGAGUAAGAGCGAGAGAGAGAGAGGAAGAAAAUUGUGAAUGUGCGGGAGCGCGCGGGCGCUGUGCGCUGCGAAAGAGGAAGAAAAAAAACGAGCGUCUUUGGCGUCUCCGUAGUGCGACACGAGAGAAAGAAAGACGAAGAAAAGAAUGAGUGAGAAAUGAGAAAAGUAGGGAAAUAAUCAUAGGUGAGAGAAAAGUUGACUGUCGCUGUUGGCUCAUCUGUUCUCACGUUCGCAAAUAACAUACUCGUGCGCGCACACGCACACGUACACACUGCCAACAUCAAAAGUUACGAUAAUGUUUUACGAACAGAAGGAUCGUGCGUGUUUUCUGUAUCAUGGAAAUAUCGACGGGUUUGAAGAAAGAACUGUUUGAACACUAAUGCCUCGUGUAUUCGGCCUAUCUACGAAACUUAUUGGCUCCCGGAAUACGUCCUUGUUUUUUUUUCUUCCUUUCCUUUACUGUUUCAACGACGCGCCAUGUGCGCGCGGUCUACGACCACCACUACAACGAGCAGUGUAUCCAUCGGUAUUGUAACUAGUGAGGUCGUUGGUGGAGUCGCCGCUGCUGAUUCUGCUUCUGCUGUUGCUGUUGCUGCUGCUGCUGCUGCUGCUGCUCCACGUUGUAGUAGUGGUAGAGCCGGGAAGAUAGAACGAGACGAGAGUUGACAAUCGAGCAUGGGACUCUCGAGUCUCGUUGGAAUAAACCAGCUUGAUAUUUUAGUUUGAGACGGAACGCGGCGGCGACGACGACGAAGACGACGGUGGCGUCGAGUUACGCCAAGGGGUUUUUUAUUUCUUCUCGUUUCGUUUCUUUUUUUUACUUCCCUCGGCAUAAACAAAGUGUAUAAAAGCUCAAGAGAAAGCGGAUAGAGCUCGAGUGUGAAAGGAUUUGCGAGCUACGCGCAGGUCAUCGUCGUCACCGUCGUCAAUCUUCGAAAUCACGAUUGGAAAUUGAAAUAACGUUAAAUACAACUUAAAAUCGAAUACGUGUUUCGAAUAAAUCAUCCUCCAAGCAAAAAAAAACCUCUCUCCGUGCUGUGUGUUUUCUCGGUGUGCUUAACAACUCCAAGUCAGGAGCUCCCUGACCGCGACGACGACGGAGCGAAUAUCGUGUGCCUCGAGUCUGCAUCGCAAGAUCGUCGGGCUUGGAUUAGCCAUGUCAACUAGGAGACGCAGGGGAUCAAAAUUCAGUAUAGACUGGAAAGUAGCAAGCGAGAGCCACGAUAGAUAGGAUGAGCGAGUCUCGUCAUAGCGAAACCCGCUCCUUCAAUGAGAACUCUCCGAGACCACCGGUUCCUGGAGAGGAGACGGGAGGAUAUUACAGCAGACCGCGUCCUCAAAGUCCCGCUCUGACACCGCGACGCUCGUCACUCGCGACGUCCAAGUCAUCUCAAGACUGUUGCGAUGCUUCCGCUCCCCUCGGAUUCGAGCCAGAGGGUUGUUGCGACACCACGACAAUGGGAAGCAACACGCCCCCUGCUUGCCUACAAUGGGCAAGAAAUUUUCAAUAUCUCCUUACGGACGAGGAGGGCCUCAGACUUUUCACGAGGUACCUCGAUCAGGAAGGCGAACCGAUUGCUCGUCCUCUCUACUUCUGGUUCGCCUGUCAGGGACUCAAGGGAGCUCAGGAUCCCGCCACGAUACAACAUCUCGUUAAGGCUAUACACAAAAGGUUCUUCGUCAAAUCGCAGUUAGCGAUAGACGAGGAUGUUAAGAAAGAGGCUCAUCGUAGGGUGAUGGAGGGUCGAGCGGACGACAAAGUUUUCGAAGCCGUCCAAACGGAAGUCGAGAGAGUAAUGGCGGAAACUACGUAUCCGAAUUUUCUCCAAUCGGAUAUGUACCUUCAGUACGUUCAAUCCUGCCAGAAUCCGGAUUCCGGGGGUUGUCCAAGUUCGAGCUCGAGCCGAGAAAUGUCGUUGUCUUGCGGACCGGCACUUUUGCCGACGCUCCAUGAGGACAGCGAGUUUGUCGUUUCGGUGCGGAGCUCGCACUCGGCUGGCGAGACGCCCGUCGAAUCGAGGAGCGAAUUAAGACUGACCAAAAAUGUCCUCAGAGCCACCCAAAUGGCCAGGAUCUUGGACAUACGGCCCGAGUCUGAAGCGUUUGCUGGAAUUUACUUGCAACGUGGAACUAGUCCGUACCAUAUGUCGUCAUCCAGACUGCACGCACCAUAUUCCUCGUACAAUCCAGUGUCCAGACAGGACUCGGAACUCCAGAGCCUGAGCAGCGAUGCCCGUAGCGGUUCUAAUCUUUCUCUCACCGAUUCCUCCGUGGAUGGAAUGUCGAUAGGCGAGCGUAGAAGCAGUAAAAAGCAUUCGAUGAGAAAAUGCCGAGCGAUACCGGAAGAGGCGAUAAUUCCUGAUCCAAUGCCAGAGCGUUACGUAAUACCGCGUACGCAGAGAAUAUCUCGUGAAGCGAUGCAGUCGCAGCCACCGAUGGCAUUCGCCCAGGUGUUGACGACGAAACUGGAGAGCUUGCAGCGAGAAAGAGAGAGUCAAGAAAAACUGGAGAGGCAUCUGCAAGAAACGGCGGCAAAAAGUAUCGAAGAAGCUUCGAUCGCAACUGCCAAAGCUCUUUCGGAUGCUCUUCGAGAGAAAUUUCUUCUCGAGGAUGACAGCGACCAAGCGAUAUUGGAUCAACACGUGUCACGCGUUUGGUCCGAUCCGACACCAUCCAGAUCACCCGAACUCGCAUCGCCUCGACCGCAUUCCCCUGACCGUAGACAACCAACGACUUCUUCGUCCCAUAGUUAUAUGCGGCAGCUCAAACAGAGAAAAGACGUUGUCUCAACUUUUUCCGUUGAUAGUGGAAAUAUUCAAGACUUCGCCGAUGGCAGCGAUUUCAUGGGUGCUGGCUCUGUGAGCUCCUUUGGCUCUCAUUUGCCUAAAUCCAAAUCUGUACCCUCCGAUCAUGCCGACUCGCUUCACAAACAGGAUCUCUAUCUCCAAGGUCACGAGCAACGAUUGCGAAGAUCGGACGUAUUGAGAAGAUCAGCGACGAAAAAAUCCAUGACCGAAUUGACGGACAGCGGAGUUAGCGUCGUCAGUUACACACCACCCGUAGCAACUUGCAAAGACGCUCGUCUCCAAGCGCGAAUCUCCCAGUGCGACAAAAAACUCGAUGUCAAACACGGGAGCUCGCGACACGGGAAAAGUACCCGCAGUGGUUCACUCGAGAGAACGAGCAGGGAAAAAUCGGGAAUUUGUAUUCAUCCCUUCGUCGCCGAUCCUGGAAUGCCACCUUUGCCACCACCCGAACCUGCAACUCAGUUGGAUGAGGCAAAGAGAAGACUGGAAGAGGAAGAAAGAGCACGCGCCGGUAGUCGACAGCGCCAUGCGAGCAUGGCCAAACAGAUUCAUAUGGAAGCGGGAAUGCAAAGUCAGGCGACAAAUUUGACCAAGUUUGCGGCACAAUCUAAUCAGUCAACGCUGCGAAAGAGUAGACAAGACGUCGGAGAUUUUACGACCGCUGUGUUCACCUUUUGCGACGAACCAUUGGCCUACAGAACCAAAAUUCCUGGCCGUAACGUCACGUUGAAACAGUUUAAGGAAUAUUUACCCAAGAAAGGCAACUACCGUUUCUUCUUCAAGACCGAGUGCGAAGAUUUGGAAAUGAAAGAAAUACAAGAGGAGAUAACGGACGACGCGGAAGUAUUGCCGCUCUGGGAGGGCAAAGUAAUGGCCAAAGUCAAGGCUCCCGAGUAAAAAAUGGCGCUAAAUUAGCCGUUGUGUUUUUGCAGCGUUUAAACGAAUUUGUACAGUGUAACCAGAAUAGUUAUUUCGAAUCGAUCAGUAUUCAUCCUGAAAACCGAAGGUUUAUUUUUUAUUUUUCAACGUUCUCCUAUUUUCGUUUCAUCUUGUUUCAAUAAGACUUUCCCUGAUUGAGGCCCACGGGGUAACAAACGUGUCUCGGAGAACAACGUCAAGUGACAAUCGUUGGGCUGACGUUGCGAGAUGAAAAGAAAAAGAAACCGAACACGAAUUUCUUCCGAGGACUUCCCCCUCCCUCCCCCACCCCCCCUCUCUUAAAUCCGUCUGAGACUUUCUUAGUUUUCCAACCGAGUGUACAAAUGCCUGCGUAGUUCAUCGCCUUAACAAGGUCUGCGUAGACCCUAGAAUAUUAUUGUAUAGGAGAGUUAUCGAUGCCUAGGACCGUUAAAAAAAAAAAAAAACCUUUUUCAUUACUUUGUCACGUCAAUUCUGUUGAUAAAAAAAAUCCGUAUUUCUUCCGAAAAGCCGCUUCUUCGGUCUUCCUGUGAAUUCCGCUCUUCUAAGACGCGUUUUUAGUUACGCAUUUAUAAUUUAAUCGAAAAACCUUUCGAAAAAGGUUAUUUCAAUAAAAAUCCUUUUUGCAGCGCGAUUUAAAAGUGUUUUUCUUCAUUAGCAAGAAAGCAAGCAGCACUUUGAAUCGCUACCAAUUAUCGUGUUUUUUCUACUCGCCAAACGAAAUUCUUGUUGCUUUUUUUUAUUACUAAAAGAGAUGUGGUUUUUUUUAACGAUCCUAAUAAAGACAUAACUAGAGCAUAAGAAUGAAUAUCAUAUGUAUAUACGUAUAUUACGUAUGUACGUAAAUAACAUUGUGUAACGAAAAUUAUAAGAGUGCGAAUGAAGCGUAACGGAUUCGUGACUUAUCGUGCCACAAACACACUUCAUCGAAAAUGUAACAUAUAUUGAAACACAGACGAGGAGAACGCAUGCGAAUAAUACACACACACACGAAUACGAGCAGAAUCCGAUACGGUGAAAAAGAGAUUAAAAAACAGAGAAGAAAAAGAAACACGAAGCGAAUGGCCUGAAAAUAAGGAGAAAGAACAGAAAAAAGUAGAAAAAGAAAAUCAUUGAGUAUCGUUUGAGUAACGAGAUGUGUUAAAUACGGGGUGCGGAUAAAAAAUUGUGCCUUUUUAGUGCUGUAAGAUUUUAUUAAUCCUAACUGAAGCCGUAAAGAAUAAUUGGUACGAGAAGAGAAAAAAAAGUAAACAAAAUCAUUGAAAAUCAUCGAGAGGUCAACUCUCGCGAAAGGACCUGAAACACAAAAAAAACCAUUCAGUUGCGAGUCCGGCUGAUGCUCGAAACAUUAUUCCAUUUGAAACUUGUUGAAAUAAAGAGAAGAAAAAAAAAGGAGAAGGAGAAAAGAUUACAACGAGGCGUGGAGAAGGAGAAAUAUAACGAGGAGGCGAUUAUCCAUGCACACAACUUCCAUUGUACCAAUAUAGCAGUCAAUUUCUCAUUGUUCAUGUACAACGAGGCUUGGAAGAUGAACUUUUUGAAAGGGAAAAAAAAUCAUGUGGAAAUCUAUAUAUCGUUAAGACACACGAAUUUUUUGUUCGUCCUAUGAGUUUUAUUAUUUAUGCAGGACAAGCGAGUACAUGGUUUUUAUAUUUCUUUUUUUCCAAAACGUCCCAGUUAUGAUCGAGCUAUUUUGUCGAGUUUUAUCUCGUCCUGCGGACCCGUGAUAAAUUCUUAUUUUAUUUAAACAGGAGAACAAUGCGAUAAGGAAAAUAAAGAUCGCACGACAUUCCCUCGAGGGGAAAAGAAUGAGUAUCACGCAAUUAAAUCCGUUAUUAAUACAAUGGAAUUUUAUCGCCAACUCGAAAAAUUCAUUUAGAUUUUGAAAAAUGUCUUAUUUUUAUUUUUUAAUUUCGUACCGCUUCGCAAUUCAUUACGAUUGAUUAAUGUGACGAAUGUUAAAGUGUUCCUGUACCUAAUUAAUUGAUAAUUAUAAUUAAUGUACAUGAAACGUAUCGAGAAUAAUAAUGAUAUUGCGAUUUUCACUGGA